AAAUUUGAAGGAAAUAAAUAAGAGGCAUGGCAGAGCCAAGAAACGUAAACAUUGCAGAUAUCGAUCCCUAUAAUCUGGAUGAAGAUGUUGUAGAUAAAUUUGCUGCUGCUGCUGCUGCGUGUUAUUCAAUCUCCAGUGGUUCUGAAACUGACAAGGAACAAGAGGGGGGAAACAAAAAGGGGAGAAUUAAAGCUGCAUCAAAAAUGAUGGUGAUUGGACACAGAGGAAGCGGCAUGAAUUUGUUGCAGUCGUCUAACAAGCGUAUGAAAUUCAUCAAGGAAAAUUCCCUUGUUGCUUUAAAUGCUGCUGGAAAUUUCAAUCUCCAUUUUAUUGAAUUCGACGUCCAGGUCACCAUAGACGACUGUCCAGUCAUUUUCCACGACGACUUCAUCUUUACCAAAAAUAUGCAGGGUGAAAUAACAGAGAAGAGAGCGACCGAUCUCACUUUAGCAGAGUUUCUUUCCUAUGGACCCCAAAGGGAGCCAGCAAAUGUUGGUAAGCCUCUGUUGAGAAAGAUAAAAGAUGGCAGAAUCUUUGAGUGGAAGGUCGAAACGGAUGAUCAUCUUUGUACAUUGCAACAAGUGUUUCAGGAUGUUACUCAUUCUUUAGGGUUCAAUAUUGAACUCAAGUUUGACAACAAGAUAGUCUACAAGGAACACGAACUCGUUCGUGUUAUACAACUAGUUCUUGAGGUGGUAUUCAGGUCUGCCGAAGAAAGGCCCAUAAUAUUCUCGAGUUUUCAACCCGAUGCUGCCCUGUUGUUGAGGAAACUCCAAACUUCCUACCCCGUUUUGUUUAUCACUAAUGGAGGAUCUGAAAUAUAUGCUGAUACAAGGAGAAACUCUCUGGAUGAGGCCAUAAAGUUAUGCCGGGAACACAACUUAGAUGGUAUUGUUUCAGAAGUCAGAGCCGUCUUAAGAAAUCCAGGAGUAGUCACUGAAAUCAAGGACAAUUCCAAGCUCUCUCUCAUAACCUAUGGUCAACUAAAUAACGUGUCAAAGGUGGUUUACGUGCAACAUUUGAUGGGCGUGGAUGGCGUGAUUGUGGACCUAAUUGAGGACAUCACGACGGCAGUUGCAGAAUUCAGUAACUCAGUUGAGGAGAGUCGAGGAAACUUGAAGGAGGAUAAUGUACAGAACAAAAUGACACGAUAUUGAAAUAAAAUUUGAGCAACUCCAACCGGAAAAAAAUCUUCUUCUUCUUUUUUUUUUUGACAAAGGAAAAAAAUCUUUAAUUAAAAAGUGAAUUGGCACACCGAAAAUAACAAAUAUAGGCAAUCUGCUAAAAAUACCGCACUUCAAUCAUACUAUCCCGGAUUCCCUUGUCUAUAAUUAUAGUCAACUUUGAUGAAUGAUUUAUAUUUGUCGAACCUCUAUAUACAUGUAAGAAAUGUGUUGAAAAAUUACACAUUAUUUAUUACUCCCUCCGUCCCACCGGGUUGUUAACGUUCACUGUUUGCACGCAUUUUGAGACUCUUAUAAAGUAUAGUUCUAUAAUGUUUUUUUAAUUUAUUUUUUUUCUGAAUAAAAGUUUAAACAUCAAACUUUUAUUCAGAAUUUUUUUUUAUAAAAAAAAACCUCAUGCAACUAUAUUUUAUAGAGGUCUUAAAAAGCGUGCCAAAAAGUGAUGUUAACAAUCCAACGGGACGGAGGGAGUAUCAUGUUGAAGUGAGAAUUUUAUUUAUAAUAAUCUAAAAUAUUAAUGAUAGGGUAUAUAUUUACA